UAAGAAAAAAAUCAUCGUUUACUAGUAAUCUUAUACCAUUUUAAUAAUAAUUUGUAAUAAAGAUUAGUUUUUGUUCAAUUCGUUUGAGUUUUGACGCCUCUCUAUUUCACCUCAACAAAAUUAACAAGCAGUUUGUGCAUAUAUUACUCGAGAAAGGCGAGGAGGGAAGAGAUAAAAUGAUUUCGGGAUGGAGGAGAUUAAGAGCCAUAGCAUUGAAGGGAUCCAGGAGAGGUAACCAGCGUCAGUUGCAAUUGCAGAAGCGGGAUUUCGUGAAUUGCCUUCACGUGGGUUCUUUUAUGAAACGGAGGGAGUCUUUGAUUGGAGUGCAGGAGAGGUACAAGUGGAACCGCGGCGGCGCUGGCGAUGAGUAUCAAACUCGGAAACUUAAGGCUGAGGCCAAUUGCCCACGUUGCUCCAAGCAAAUGGAUCUACUCUUUGCAAACCGCCCUCAUAACCUAAUUCCACCCUCUUCCAAUCCCAGUUCUUCCUUCGAUUAUAUCGAUUCAACUUCCAUUAUUACCAGUAAUAGUGAUAAUUCUACCAGUGCACACACUAACGAUGACAGUAAUAAUAGUAACUCAAAAGGUGGAGGUGGAGCUAAUGCUUCCCAGGCGUUGAAUCUGUGCCCCAAUUGUAAGACGGCUUAUUACGUUAGGCCAUACAAGAUGUCGCCUCUUCAGGGAAGUUUCAUUGAGACUGGGACUGUCAAAAGCAAGAAUUCAAAUUCGGAAAAGAAAUUGGCCGAAGCUGAAGAUUAUGGGAAGAGGAUUCGAGCUUCGUUUUGGGAGACCUUGAAGUCAUAUGGCAGUGAACCACCAGAGAACUGGCCUCCUCCUCCACCUCCAUCUGGAAAUGGGCUUGCAGUGCAUACACCCCCUGGACCUCCUUUUGCUCCUGGCGUCAAUCUUAUUCGGGCAUCAGGUAAUGGGGGCAAUGGUGGCAGUGGAAAUGACAGUCGCAAUGGUGGUGGUAAUAAUGGAGAGAAAAGCAGCUGGGGUGGGUCUAAUCUGGGUAAAAAUUUACCGACGCCAAAGGAGAUCUGCAAGGGACUUGACGAAUUUGUCAUUGGGCAGGAACGAGCUAAAAAGGUGCUUUCAGUGGCUGUUUAUAACCACUACAAAAGAAUAUAUAGUGUGUCCUUGCAGAAAGGGUCAGAAGCUGAAUCAGUUAGAGUAGAUGACAACGACAAUGUAGAAUUGGAAAAGAGCAAUGUGCUUUUGAUCGGCCCUACUGGCUCAGGUAAAACACUGCUUGCAAAAACCCUUGCUCGUUUUGUGAAUGUGCCUUUUGUGAUUGCAGAUGCAACAACUUUGACACAGGCUGGUUACGUUGGUGAAGAUGUUGAAUCAAUAUUGUAUAAAUUGCUCUCGGCUGCUGAGUUUAAUGUACAAGCUGCACAACAAGGGAUGGUUUACAUUGAUGAAGUUGAUAAGAUAAUUAAGAAGGCUGAGAGCUUAAACAUCAGCAGAGAUGUUUCUGGUGAAGGCGUUCAGCAGGCACUACUGAAAAUGCUCGAAGGGACUGUGAGUAAUAAUCUUUCUUGAUGAAGUGAUGUAUACAGCUCCACUGAACAUAUAUACUCCUAUCUUUCUAUGUUUGAUCAGAUGGAUACAAAAGACAUCCUUUUCAUUUGUGGAGGAGCAUUUAAUGAUUUGGAGAAAACUAUUUCUGAAAGACGGCAGGAUUCAUCAAUUGGGUUUGGAGCUCCUGUUCAUGCUAACAUGAGAGCAGGUGGAGUGAUUGAUGCUGUCGUAACAGCAUCCUUACUAGAAUCUGUCGAAAGUAAUGAUCUAAUUGCAUACGGCCUUAUACCAGAAUUUAUUGGGCGCUUCCCUAUUUUGGUUAGUUUGUCGGCUCUGACAGAAGACCAACUUGUUCAGGUCCUCACCGAACCAAAAAAUGCUCUCGGUAAGCAGUACAAGAAAUUAUUUAGCAUGAACAAGGUGAAGUUACAUUUCUCAGAGAAAGCGUUAAGACUUGUUGCAAAGAGAGCAAUGGCAAAAAAUACUGGUGCGAGAGGGUUAAGAGCAAUACUGGAAAGCCUUUUAACUGAUGCUAUGUAUGAGAUUCCAGAUGUGAAGACAGGAAAAGAUAAAAUAGAUGGUGUGGUUGUUGAUGAAGAUUCAAUAGGCACAAAAGAUGCCCCUGGAUGUGGGGUGAAAAUUCUUCAUGGUGAUGGUUCUUUGGAGCAGUACCUUGCGAAAACCAAAUUGCAAGAUCAAGAGGAGGGUGUUGGGAGAUCUGAAGCAGAGUCUCAGGAAGGUGAAUCAGAAGUCUCAUCGAGAGCCAUGAGCAUUUAACUUUUAUCUGCAUCCUCUACUGACCUCUUGAGCGAGUCGUUUUCUUCUUCAUUGCAUUAUAAAAGUUGCAUUCAUUCAUAAUUAUUAGUUGUCGUCUUGUAAGAAAGUAUAGCAUCUGGUGGUUAGUAGCAGAUAGGCGAUGAAGGAUAAAAAGAAACAAAUUCAUAGUAUUUGUCAUUCUGAUUUAAGCAGUUCAUUGUAGAAAUUCCCAUUCUAUAGAGGGUAUAGCUUAUGCACAAAUUUGUUGUACGCUCUUUUACGUUUUUUGUAAUGAUGCAUAGAUAAAUUAUGCUAAUUUUAGCUUCUUUGUGUACUUUGUGUUGGUGGCAAUAAAUCUUGAACUCGGCUGCA